ACAGUUGGACAAAAUGAUCAACAUGGCUCAAGUGGCAUUCGUUGUUUCAGUGAUCAUUGCCUUAGCCAACCAGGGCUUUUACUGCAUGGAAAUGACUCGCUCUGGCUGUCAGAAGGUGAAGUCUGGUUCAGCAGCGUACAUGGUAUCCAUUCAACUUGACAACAAACAUCUGUGUGGAGGAACGUUGAUCCAUUCCAACUGGGUCCUGACUGCAGCAAGCUGUAAACUGUUGUUUAAGAAAAAGAAUCCUACAGUGGUCCUUGGAGAUCAAUCAACAAAGAAGAAGGGUAAGACAGAACAGAAAAUUCGGGUGGAAAACGUAAUACCAUUCCCUGAAUUCAAGGAUUUAUCCCUAGAAAAUGACAUCAUGCUUCUCCAGUUAGCUCAAGAUGCAAAUAUUAAAAGGAAAUCUGUAGAAAUCUUCCAUCUGCAAGUACUGCCAAAAGACAUCAAACGUGGAACAAGGUGCAGUGUUCUGGGAUGGGGAAAAACCAGUACAAAUGUUCAGAAAUCGUCUGACACUUUGAUGGAAGCAGAUGUAACUGUGAUUGAUAAUGCCACCUGCAAUAAAUCUUACCACAAACAUCCAAUUAUAACUAGCAACAUGAUCUGUGCAGCUGAACAAAAGGGUAAAAAUAAUAUGUGCAUGAUUUCUCCAGGUGGUCCAUUGCUGUGCAAAAUAGGAAAGGUUUUGCAUAAGAAGAAGAUGUUGUGUGGUAUUGCUUUACAUGGAAAGAAUUCCAAAGAUGCCAACAAGCCUGAAAUCUGCACCCUGUUAACAGAGAAAUACAUCUCCUGGAUUCAGAAACUCAUUGGAGUUGAAAGUUAUCAUGCGCCAGUUAAACAAAUUCUCAGCAUGCAUCAAGUAAUAUUAUUCGUCUCAGUAAUCAUUAUCGCCUUAGUCAGUCAAGGCUAUUUUUGUGUGGAAAUAAUUGAUGGUCGUGAUGUUAAGAAGACAGGAUCUUAUAUGGCAUCCAUUCAGUUUCAAAACAAACAUGAAUGUGGGGCAACAUUGAUUCAUCGCCAGUGGAUCCUGACGACAGCAAACUGCAUUGUUCACCUCAGCAAACGUCACAAAGGGAAAAAAAGUGUGAUCCUUGGAACCCUUUCCUUGAAGAAUAACAAGACAAGGCAGGAAUUUACAGCCAUAGCGGAAAAACGUGAAAACUAUAAUCAAAAGACAGAGGAAAAUAACCUGGCGCUACUUAAGUUAGAUCGUCCUGUUAAACUGAAUAAAUUUGUAUCAAUCCUUUCGCUGCCAAAAUCAACAAAAGAUAUCAAACCUGAAACAAAAUGCAUUGUUCAAGGAUGGGGUCAGGACAGUGUAGAUGAUGAUGAGUCAUCUGACACUUUGAAGGAAACAACUGUAAGAAUCAUAGACAGAACCACCUGCAACAGUAAAAAUUAUUAUAAUCGGAAUCCAGUCAUAACUGACGAUAUGAUAUGUGCUGGUGACAAAACGGGUAAAAACAGUGUAUGUGUGGGCGAUGCUGGUGAUGCUUUACUGUGUAAAACAAAACGUUUCGGUAAACCUGUCUUCUCUGGAGUUGCCUCUUUUGGAAAGGGUUGUGCUGUUGACAAAAAGCCUGGCAUCUAUAUGCUUCUAUCCAGUAAACAUGUCACGUGGAUUAAGAAAUCAAUUAAAGGCACAAAUUACAAUACAACAAUGAAGCAAAACUGACUGGGAUCAGUUUCUUUGUAUGCAGAAACAACGUAUUUCUGUAUUUCUUUGCUUGAUAUCAUUAUUGCCUGCUCUUGGGUUGAACUAAAUGGAACUCAAAUCCACAGUACUGUCUGCUUGCUAACUUGCUUUAAGAGGCUGCUUUUUUUCAGAAUAUAACUCUUCAUAGUUAUAUUAUUUGGUAAUAAUUGAUAGAAAUUUAAGAGUGAAAGUCAUUUGUCCCAUUAAGUCUGCACUGACGCUCAGAGCAAGGUGUUUAUUGAAUCCCACUGCACCACAUGGCACCACUUAUUCUCUUUUGAGCCUUUGUUUGAAAUAGAAAAUAAAGCAAACUGCAUAACUGUU